AUGCCCUCUAUACCGGGUCCGGCGACCGAAGGAUCCAAAACGUGGUCCCCGGAGCAUCUCUUCGACACGUCCCCCACAAGUUCAGAGACAUGGCAGAAAAUCCACACACAUCUCAACGCCAAUGAAUUCCGAGCAGCCAUCGCGACGGCCUUCGAGCUCCCGCCCGACGACAACUUUACAUACCAUGCCUCGGCGUCGGUGAAUCUGGCGCAGGUCGAAGCGGCCAUCCACGCCGGGAGAGCAAACGGGUUACAUGCGUGGUAUGUCCAGCCCGCAACCAGGAUAUCAUCGGACAAUCCAGACGACAAAAGCAGUAAGCAGAAGAAGCAGCAGCACGAAGAACAACAAGAUUCGGUCGUCGUUCAUCCUGGGUUCCCAUCGCUCCAAAUAACAGGGUACCCUCCUGCAACCGACAUUCAAGCAUACGUUUCAAUCUUUGACCCGACAAAGUCGGCGGCAAAUAGUCUCAAGUCCCUAUCGGCGAAUGCGAAGAAGGGAUCGUUACGUGCGUCAAUUGCCGAGUACUUAUUGAGUAAACGCUAUCUGGAUCCUUCAAUUGCUGUGCCAAAGGUGAAAGUGUCGUCGAGAACGUCUUCGAAAACCUCUUCUGCGACACAGUCUCAACAGUCCUCCGGCGGAGUCAGUUCCCCUUCUCGUAAUGGGAAUCCCGCUGGCCACCUGCAGAACCCAGCUUUGGAUUUCUGGGCAUACUCAUGUCUAGCGUUGGAAUAUGCCGGUCCCAACGCCACCACGAGUCUCGUCAAGGCCUCACAUCACAUGUUGCCGGUGUACAUGCACCAUUUCGGCUGCGUGGUGCCGUCGUACGAGGCGCUACAGAUCAUCAAGAAGCUCGCCGCCGGUCGGCGUGGCGGCGUGAUCGACAUGGGAAGCGGGAACGGGUACUGGACGUUCAUGCUGCGACGGUUGAUGCUGCUCGACGGCGACGGUGGUGGUGGUGGUGGCAGUGACGCUGUUCCCCCCACCGCCACCACCGCCGCCGUCGUCGCCGCCGUCGACAAUGGUCAAUCUCGCUGGCGAACCACGUGGAUCUCGGACACGGUCGUCGCGGACGGAGUACAGUACCUACGGCGACGGUCCGGGUGUCCCGACGCCGUGCUGCUGCUCGUCUAUCCCAUUGUCGGCGGCGGCGGCGGCGGUGGAGAGUUCACGCGCAAGGUCCUCGACGCCUACACGGGCGACGUGAUCGUCGUGGCCGGCACGCAGAACGGCAACGGAUACACCGGGUUCAAAGACGUGGUGAUGGACGAGUACAUGAGCGAACACAGGCCCGGGUGGGAAAAGGUCGCCGCGGUGCCUCUGCCGAGUUUCGCGGGCAAAGAUGAUGCUCUGUUUGCUUUCAGAAGAAAGAAGACAUAG